CUGCGUCUAUAGUCUGUGGUCUCAUGGAAGGAAAUAAGGAUAUCCUUGGACUGCAGAUCUUUUUUGAUUGUGAAUUUGUGUAUCAAACAAUCAAUGUAAUUAGUACUUAAAUGUGUGUAAUCGUAGGGCAAACGUGUUAUUUAUAAUGUCGAACCACACAAUAGAUGGUAAACUGAAAGGUUUAGAGGAGCGCUUCCAGAACGAGUUGCGUAUGCGAAAAGAAGGUUCUUUUCAUAGUCAAGGUGCACUUGGGUCUAGUAGACCUGGCAGCGGACGGAGGCCUAACAAACCCUUAUUCGGCAAGGAUAUACCCGCGUUCCCGCCACGGUCGCCACAUGCGGCGGAGACGGAGAACAGGAUGAGGGAGGUCCACAAGGUGAGCGGCAACCUGACCGUGAACAACGUGCAGUUCCGCUCGAACGUGGACGACCUCAUCCACCUCGGCGAGCUCGGCAGCGGCACCUGCGGGCACGUGGUCAAGAUGAUGCACAAGCCCUCGGGCGCCGUCAUCGCCGUCAAGCAAAUGCGGAGGUCGGGCAACUCUGAGGAGACGAAACGUAUUCUGAUGGAUCUUGACGUAGUAUUGGGCUCACACGACUGCCAAUACAUAGUGCGUUGUCUCGGCUGUUUCGUGACCGACGCCGACGUGUGGAUCUGCAUGGAACUGAUGGCGUCCUGUUUCGACAAGUUGCUCAAGCGACUGGGCGCGCCCAUCCCCGAGGCGAUACUCGGCAAGGUCACCGUCGCGACGGUGAACGCACUAUCGUACCUGAAAGACACGCACGGCGUCAUCCAUCGUGACGUCAAACCGAGCAACAUACUGCUGGACGAACGCGGGAACGUGAAGCUUUGCGACUUCGGUAUAAGCGGGCGACUGGUCGACUCCAAGGCCAAGACUAGGAGCGCCGGCUGCGCGGCGUAUAUGGCACCUGAACGAAUCGACCCGCCGGACCCUCAACGGCCCGACUACGACAUCCGCGCCGACGUGUGGUCGCUCGGCAUAUCGCUGGUCGAGCUGGCCACCGGCGUCUUCCCUUACAUGAACUGCCAGAACGACUUCGAAGUGCUCACCAAGGUGAUAUCGGACGACCCGCCGCAACUGCCGGAAGACAGCAACUUUUCACCAGAAUUCAAGUCUUUCGUAUCACAAUGUCUAACGAAGAACUACAGACAACGGCCGAAGUACGCUAAACUAUUGGAACACCCGUUUGUAGUGAAAUCGGCGAGAAGUAACGUGUCCGUGGCGGACUGGUACGCCAAUAUCACGGGGGGACACCCCACUCCGGCCAAGACCGUGACAACAACAGCGACGCACACAGUGACGAGUGCUCGGGAGUUCGAAGCGCCCGUGACGCCCCAACCCGUCAGGAACAUGGUGACCAGCCAGUGGAACGUGGAGCUCACACCCACGCCCGCCAGGGCGUGGUGGGCGUCGGCAGGCCCGCACGCCGGAGGCAGCUCCUCUCAGCCCGCGAGCCUCGAGACGGACUUCGCGAACCACUCGCCAUAUCCUCGGCGCAGGACGCUAGAGGCAUGCGCAUCGCCGCCCCCGCCGCCGGCGCGGCGGGUCUCCGCGGACAACCGGUGGCGGCCCUCGCCCGCGAGCUCGGGCAACACUAGUCCUAUAGUUCUACAGAGGUUCUACCACCAGAGCCAGCAGCGGCGGUCGCGGGUCGACCUGCACGCCACGCCCCGCCACCGGAGCCUAAGCCGGGAGCACAGCACGGGGCGGUCGCCGGAGCCCCCGCCGCGCACGGGCCGCCCGCACCCCAUGCUCGGACACGAGGCAAACGGAGUGGACUUGGAGCCGCCGUCGCUUCACGACCGGUUGCACCCACACCCGCCGUCGCCGCUCCUGCUCAACAAUAGGUACGCGAGGUUAUCUGAAGGGCGCAGCCAAAGCCUUACCCGCGCCGAGCCCCGGAACGGGUUCCGCACGGACCUGCCCGCGCCGCACGCGCCGCGGCACCGCCACGACGACCAAGGCUGGCUUCACUCGCUCGCUGGGCUCCUCAAGAGGAGGCUGAGCGGUUACGUCAAGUGGCAUCACGUUGCAGGCAGGCGGGAGCCGCACCCGCACUCCAACAGAUGGGCGCCAGCGGAGAGUUGGAGCGUGCCCGCGUCCCCCCUCCCCCCUCGGGCGCCGCCCCCGCGCCCCGCGGACUAGCGCCGCGACACGUGGUACGUCGACAAGUGGCUCCACCGCGUCGCGUACUGCACACCGUAGAGGUAGAGCCACCCACAAACAAGUCACAGUUACGCUUGAAGGUAACCUUACGUCAUGAGAUUACAGGCUAUUAUCGUUUGACAUUACAGCUUGUUAUAAUCAUACUCGACUUGAGAUUAUAAAAAGUUGAGGCAGGCAACCCCGCGUUUCAAAACAAAACUCUACUUAAAAUAACAGACGGGCUUGUUAUUGGUGAUGACAUGAUUAUUUUGUUAUUGUGUAAUUGAUAGUCAAGCUUAUGUCAAAUUGAGCCAAUAUGCAAGCUUGUUAUGGUUAUGUGAAUGUCAAACUCAUUAUGUCAAAUUAAGUCUCAACUAAAUUAAGUAAAACUUUGUACGUCACAUUUAACGGUUCAGGUCUGGUUCAGGUCUAUUUACUUACAAAUUGUGAUUCGGCAUUUCUGGGUUAUUGUCGGCAAGGCUCGUCACUCUUAGAGCAAUUAAAUAAAAUUUAUAUUAAAUGUAUUAACAAGGAAACAAUCAAAGCAAAAAGGGACUUGACAUGACAUAAAAUGCUUUUUCGAGACUUAGAAUAUAUUUUAAAUAUUUCCUGUCAUUUUUUUAAAUCUGUGCCGAUAGCAACCAAGACAUGACGAAUGAAAAAAGUAAUCUACCCGCAUGAACUUUACGACUUAAUGAAUACUAUGUCAAGACUUCUAUAAGCUACACGAGUCAAAGUAGGCCGUUACAUACUUUUACAGCUCGGCAUUGUAUAGUUUGAUUACGGCUUUGGUUUACUCUUCAUGAAAUAUUUAUUGUUAAAGUAGGAAUCAAAUCAAACUAUACACGGCCCAUGUAUUAACAGGUCUAUACAAAUUAAAUCAUGUUAAUUAUACCUAGACACAAAUGUCAGUACGCUUAACGCUGUGCGUUGACUUCCAAGUUAUAUCAAUUGUAUUAAAAUUAUUUUAAACGUGCACUCUUUGCGGCGCGUUACAGUCGAAAGUAUU